ACUCGACCCACCGCGCCCUGGGCGCACCGGCGGGUCCCUGGUGGCCGUAGCGACCAGCGACCCGCGGAUGCUCAACGCGCGCCACAGGCUGUCCCCCGCACAGAGGCUGCCGGGCCGUCGGGGAGCCAGGAGCACCAGGCUGCCCAGAUGCGGGCUCCACUCUGCCUGCUGCUGCUCCUCGCCCACGCAGUGGACAUGCUCGCCCUGUACCGAAGGAAGAAGCAAGCAGGCACUGGUCUGGGGGGCAACUGCACGGGCUGUGUCAUAUGCUCGGAGGAGAAUGGCUGUUCCACCUGCCAGCAGAGGCUCUUCCUCUUCAUCCGCCGUGAAGGCAUCCGUCAGUACGGCAAGUGUGUGCACGACUGUCCCCUUGGCUUCUUUGGGAUCCGUGGCCAGGAGGCCAACAGGUGCAAGAAAUGUGGGGCCACGUGCGAGAGCUGUUUCAGCCAGGACUUCUGUAUCCGCUGCAAAAGGCGGUUUCACCUAUACAAAGGGAAGUGCCUGCCCUCCUGUCCACCGGGCACCUUGACCCACCAGAGUACCCGGGAGUGCCAGGAAGAGUGUGAGCCGAGCCCUUGGGGCAGCUGGAGUCCCUGCAUACACAAUGGGAAGACCUGUGGCUCAGGCUGGGGCCUAGAAACCCGGGUCCGGGAGGCUGGCCCGGCCAAGCAGGAAGAGACGGCGAGUUGCCGAGUGUUAUCUGAGUCCAGGAAGUGUCCUAUAAAGAGACUCUGCCCAGGAGAAAGAAAUCCCAGGCAGAAGAACAGGAAGGAUCGGCGCCAGCGUAAGGACAGGAAGUUGGAGCGCAGGCCACACCAGCGUGGCUCACAGUGACCAUCUCCAGCUCUGGCCUCUGCCUUCCGCUCGCCGCACUUCCACAGUGGGCUCCUCGCUUCUCCCCUGUCCAGCUCUUUCUCCACAUUCUUCACUCUUUCUACCUUUCCCGUCUGUCUGCUCUUUCCUUUAGAUUUUAUCCGUCUCCCUUUUCCUCUUGCCCUCACCUUCUUCUUCCUGUCCUUCUUUGAAACUUUCCUUCUCCCCGUGUACCCUUCUCUUCAUUCCCUUCUGUUUUCCUUUCUGAUCUUCACCGUCCACCCCGCACACGGAGACAGACAUAAGAGAGAGAUUAAGCUUGUAUCCUCCAUGUGGCUCUCUGCACCCCAAAGCAAACUUUUUUUUCUAGAUCUUUCUGUGACUCUGUCCUGACUCCAUCUUUGCAAAGUUACAAUUUUAUAGGAAUAGGUUUGGGUGCAACUUGACAAGUCCUGAGAGCUCUGCUUCUAGCUAGAGAGACCCUGCAGCCGGAGUUAUAUGAACCAUUCACCUGGCCAGUCCCUCAAGGCCGAUUCUACAGCACUCAGCCAUUGCCUCUGCGAUGAGGCCACCAGGGACAAACUCUGGGACCUCCGAAGGCCCAGCCUGAACCUCUUAUCCAGGAUGGUGGUAUAGGAGCCCUUUAGCUAGGGGCCCUUUAGCUAGACAGUGGUCCAGGCCCAUGAGCACAUCCCCUUGGAAGUGCCUGUAACACACCCUCUGGUCAUCCUCCCACCUCUCCACCCUCACCUCCUACCCCACCCCUAUCCCCAUCCCACUCUGGUCUCCCUUUCAUAGUGCCCAUGACCCUUCUCCAGCUGACCACCCUCCCAAGGCCUUUGGAGACCCAUGCACAGGAUCAGGUGGGGCUGUGAUCUCUUAUGAAAUAAUCCCAAAGGCUACUGAAGCUAAAUGGAGCUUAGACAUGGUCCCACCCGCUCCAUUCACCGCUCUGCUACCCGAGGCCCAUCGUACCCAUAGAGACUGAUGUCUAAGGAAGUGAUGGGCACUCUACUCUGUCUUUGGACCGCACAUCACAUCUAUGAAGAAGCUCCAGUGUGUUUAGAGAAGUAUAGAAAAUUGCCAGGUUAGCAGUUGGGGUGGCCUCUCACAUGGAUAACCUGAGUGUUUUCUUUCACUGUGAUACCCUCAACUGCAGGUGGGAGGGAUAUUGGGAGGAGCCUUCAGGUAAAACAAACCAAAUGGCAAGUCUGUCUUAACCUCUGCCAUUUGGCCUAGGAGCUGCCAUUGUUUCUGGGAGCUCCGAGUCAGGGCAUUAGGGCCCAAAGAUAGCUGGGGAAGGAUGUGGUAUAGGCAGGAGAGAAACGCCAUGAGAAGUAAUGUCACUCAGACAGGGACCUUCACAGUCACACUACGCUUGACAGAUGGGGGUCCCCAGCACCACUCCUGACCCUGUAGCUGUGUUCCUCCAUGAUGCCCCACUGAGAACAGCUGGGACCCCUGCUUGCCAGGCCAGGGGCCCAGCUUCUCUGCAGAAGUUCACACCUCUGAAAUGCUUUCUUAUUUCAAGACUCCCAGCUACUUUUCAAAGAAAGAU